AUGGAUCAAAUUCUCUCCUUAGAAGAGCUUAAGAAAAUAUCGAAAUCUUCUGAGAAGAACUUCUACGAGUUCGAUCUAUCAGCAAUCUACAUUGAUUAUUGGAAUCCUCUUAAAUAUACGUUAAUUCAGAAUGGACCUCUAAAUAUUCAAGGAAUAGGAUUCAAUUAUCAAACAUUUAUUAAUUUUCAAGCACAGCUUAAGCAAGCUAAAAAGAAUACAUCAUCAAAAGGCAUGUAUCACCCACCAAUUGAAUACGAAGGAUCAAUUCAAAAGAAUUGCAAGGAUUUAAUACCAGAACUUAUUGGUCUUCUUUCUCGUAUCAUUCCAAAGACUCGUACUAUCAGACAAUUAUCUUUCCGCACGAUGCCUUUUGGUUUAAAUGAAAUUGAAAUUUUGUCUCAAUCUAUUAUUCAAUGCAACUCAUUACGCGUUUUAAAGUUCUCAGAUAUACCCCUUUAUGACAAUGGCUUUGCAAAGAUUUGCGAGUCUCUUAAACGUCAAGCAGUACAAGAAUUACAAUGCAAGAACUGCGGAUUGUCUGAUGCUAUUAUCCCAGCAUUCGUUGAUUUGCUUGAAAAUCAUUGUAGAAUCCAGAAAAUCGCCGAAAAACAUGCAGAACAGAAUAAAGAUAAGAAUCUCGGUCUUGUUUGCCUACAUGUCAUUGAUUUCUCAAAUAAUAAUCUUACAACAAGAUUUGUUGAUGAAAUUCAUGAAAUAUUAGAUUCAUCUCCUGUUACAAGUUUAGAAUUAACUGGAAAUGAUGAUAUCGAUUUUUCAACAGUCCAAUCACCAAAGAUUGUUCUUGGAGGCGGUGAUGAUUCUACAGAUAAAUCAUCUAGCAUAUCAGCACGUGAAAAAGAACUUGAAAGAGAAAAUUUGAGAUUAAAACGUGUUGUUUCAAGCUUAGUUCAAGGAAAAGAUGUUGUAGCUCUUAGAUCAGAUAUGUAUGCAGUUGGUGACAGAGCAAAUGAACUUGCAGAGCAUGUCCGAAUUCUGGAUGAAUUAUGCAUGAAAUUCGAAAGCGGAGAAAUGUCACCACCACGACCAAAGAAGAAACCUGCUAAGAAGAAACGUGCUCAAUCUGCUCGUUCCAGAUUAUUUCCAUACUAA